CACAUCCUAAGUUGUUAACAAAUCUCCCUAUAUUUAUCUCCAACAAUGACCAUAUCAAUGGCAAUUAGCUCUCCUGCUCGUAGCCAGUCCACCUCAGCUAGAAUGAACACCAGUCUUUCCCUCAGGCCAACUACUUCUUUUAAGGCCUCAAUGCCCCAAAACAUUUCCCCUGUUUCGACUACUAAUAACAGGAUUGAGGAGCGCCAGCCAAAAGUUCACGGGCGUGAUUAUCGUGUUCGCAUACCAGUAUUGUGUGCUGCUCGCAUUUUUCAACUCACUCGCGAACUCUAUCAUCGCACGAACGGGGAGACCAUUGAGUGGCUCCUCCGCCAGGCUGAGCCAUCCAUCAUUGCGGCGACUGGGACAGGAACUGUUCCUGCUCAGUCUAUAUCGUGCUUGUAUGAUGUUACAUCAUCAUCAUCAACGUCAGUUUUUUCUCCAAGUUCAUCCACAAUGGUGGCUCCCAAUGUCGAUCCAUCAAGAAUUGAAGUGAAUCAUCCAAUGAGUCCUCCUGUAACAAUGAUGGCCGAUGUUUAUCCGCCUAUGAUGCAGAAUUCUCAGCAUGUGGAAGGACUCGAAGCAAAUCUUCCCCUAAGUUUAUCAACAACUAUGCACCUUCCAGUUGCUUACAAUCCCGAAUCAUUUGAUAUGCAAGGGGCAGAAAGAGUUGUAUUGAAUGCUCCAAUGAAUUCAUCUGCAAUGAUUCCUGAUGUUUUUUCUCCAAGAAUGCAUAAUGCACAACCAGUGAACGAUGUUGGAGUUGCUAUUCCUUUGAAUCAAUCCGCAAUGGAGGUCCGGAACGUCUAUCCGCAGGAGUUUCCUACUUUUAUUCAUGCAGGAGGAGAUGAAGCGAAUCCUGAUUUGGGUGGUUCUACCACAGUGAUGUUCCCGUAUGUUUUUCCACCAGAAGUGUGGAAAGAGGUUGAAGCAAAUGAUCUAGUAAGCUCUUCUGCAGGAAUAGAUCUCAAUGUUGUUCCGCCAGGAAUGGAUGACCUGCAGCAGUCAGAAGGAGUUGAAGUUGAUCAGUUUGCGAGUUCAUCAACCGGGGUGGUUCCCACUACCGGUGAUGACGCAAUUUAAUUGUUUGGAGUUUAGAGAUGGUGGAAUGUUAGUUUGAAUUCAUAGCAUGUUGAAAAACCAUCAAUGAAAGU